AUGCCCGCUGCCGCCUACGACAUCGCCACUUCCCGCCCGGACGCCGCGCCUGAGUUUUCGCCGCGCCAGCAGGUGGUGCUGCAGCAUGCACUGACACUACUGGUCGAAGGCGGUGAGAAGGCUUUGACAACCGCCGGUCUCGCCCGUACCGCGAGUUGUUCCAAAGAGAGCCUCUACAAGUGGUUCGGCGACCGCGACGGCCUGCUCGCGGCAGUUGUCGCCUAUCAGGCAAGUCAGGUUCAGUUUCCCUCGGAAGCCGGAGCGACCGCGGAUCCGGCAACAUUCCGCGCCCAUGUGACUGCAUUUAUCGAGGCACUUCUGGGCGUUCUCUUCUCAGAAACCUCGCUGGCGCUGAACCGUCUUUCCAUCGGCCAGUCCAACACAAACUCCAACCGGCUCGGGCAUUUGCUGCUGGUGCGCGGCAAACACAUGAUUUCGUCCCGUGCCCGCACGAUGCUGGAAACCGGCCGCCGCCACGGAUUGCUCAAGUUCGACGAUGCCGAAGACGCCUACCAGGUGCUUUACGGUCUUGCCAUACGCGACGUUCAUGUUCGCCUGCUGCUGGGGGAAAGCGCCAGUGCUGCGGAACAGGAUCUCAAAUCACAGGCCGAAACGGCGGUGGACCGCUUUUACCGGCUGUUCGGAGCCUGA